AUGGCGGCCGCACCGUUGAGUUUGGGGACACAUUUCAAGGAAGAACUGUCCUGCAGCAUCUGCCUGGAGCUGUUCACCAGGCCCAAGGUGCUGCCCUGUCAGCACACCUUCUGUCAGGACUGUCUACAGGACCAUGCAGGGAGGGGAGGGACCUUCCAGUGCCCAAUCUGUCGUCGGCAGGUCAGGCUGCCACCCCAGGGGGUCGCAGGUUUGCCCGAUAACCACCUGGUCACAAGUUUGUGUGAGAGACUGGAAAACCAGGCUACACUGUCAGGGGAAACAAGGGAGCAACCCCAGUCUGGUGAUCAGUGUUUAGAACAGGGUCAUGAUGAUCAUCGAACAACAUCUCUCAAAAAAGCUGCACAGGAAAGGAACUUCACAGUCCAACCAUUGAUCAAUGAGGGGAGGAACAUUGUGGAAAGUUACUUAAGCUUCCUCAGAAGUCUGAGGGAAGAAGAGAAAACCCUAAAUGAAAAGAAACAGCAGAGAGACAACGGGAUCAUUCAGGCCUACAACCAAAUGGUUCAGAAACUCACCCAGAGAAAAGACCACCUCUUGUCUGAAUCAGAAGAAAACCACACUAAAAACUUGGACAGAAUACAGACUGAAAGGGACAGAGUGUUGGCAGAUAUCAAUGAACUGUCUGCUGCCUGUGAUCGAGCAGAACAAGAACUGCAGCAGGGAGGGGUCGAGUUUCUCAGUCAGCAAACCGCUCUGACAGAGGUGGUAGGACAGUACAGAGGAAAAGCAGCACCAACUCCUGUACAAACCCAGCCUGCUGUCUUUCAGCCCACAGACACCCCCGUGCCAGUAUUGGGACAUGUGACGGUCCAGUCUCUCCCAUCUGCACCUAUCCCAGCAGCACCUGCAGCAAGGAGCACAGGUCAUCACCAUGGUAACCAAAGGAAAGGGGAGCAUCAGUGUCACAGAGUGACAUUUGGUGGACGGGGAUUUGGACCAGGUCGCUUCUUGGGUCCAUAUGGUGUUGCAGUGUCAGAUGAAGAGGAGAUUUUUGUAUCAGACUCGAAAAAGAGAAUCCAAGUCUUCACCCUGCAGGGAACGUUUGUCCGACAGUUCCCAACAGUCGUGUCAGGUGAACAGAAGAUGUGCCCAGAUGAUGUGGCCAUGGACGGGGAGGGGAACCUGUGGGUGGUGGGGGAUACAGACUCUGCUGAGUUUGCUGUGCUGUACAACAAACAGGGCAGGGUGCUGAGGAAGAUUGACCUACAGAAGACAGGGUGGGGGAGAGGAGUUGCCGUGGACACCAGGAGGAACCACAUCCUCAUCACACAAAUCACAGGAGACUGGGACAACCGACAUGGUGAAGUUUUGGUGUUCAGGCCAGAUGGGACACUUAUGAGAACUGUGGGUCAGCAGCAGGGGAUGAAGGAACCACGGUACAUCACUGUGGACGGGGAAGGGAACAUUUUAAUGUCAGACUGUGCUAAUCACUGUGUCUAUGUGUACAAUGAGGACGGACAGUUUCUGUUCCAGUUUGGAGGUUUGGGAAGUGGUGAAGGUCAGCUGAUCACUCCCCGUGGUAUCUGUACAGACAGGGCAGGAAACAUCAUCGUGGCAGACACGGCAAACGACCGUGUGGAGAUGUUUGACAAGACAGGAAAAUUCCUCAAACACAUCAUUACAGACAUGAACAGGCGAAUGGCUGUUGCCAUGGCAACACAGGGACAGUUGGUAGUAACUGAUGAUACAGACAACACUGUCACCAUAUUCCAGAACUUCUGA